GCAACCGCCCGCCACGGCAGCUUUUGGAAGAAGGGUGAGGAGAACACACAAAGUUUCUGAUAAUCUCCGCUGCGUGUGAGGGCGUCUCGAUCGCAUUCAUGUAUUGGCGUCCCCUUGCUCAGACUCUCUUUUAACUGUGUUGCCAGAUUGUGAUGAGUAGUUGCCGCGUGAACAUAUAGCUAUAAUUUUUAAAACGGUUCGUCGUUAUUUCAGUCGUUUUCUUAUUCCGUCGCUGUUAUGUCGAAUGAAAGUUAGUGUAGUGUUGUUUUUUUUUCAUUCAUGUGUUUUUGUUUGUGAAGGGCAGUGCGCGGGCACCUUCUAAGAAUAGCCCCUCCUAGAUUAAUCAUGUCCGAACACCGCGCUUGGGGUGGACGGGAAGAAGGUAUGUGGUGGCCGGGUGCUGUCGCCGCCGACCAACAAACUUUACCUCACCAACAGUUUUUCCAACAACAAAUCGAUGAAGAAUCCAAUCAACAACAGACGUUUAAUUAUAAAAUGCCCAAUAAUUUUCAAAAUCCCGCUACAACGGUAUCCAAUGCGUCGUCUGUUUCUCCUAUUGGUGCUGCGGGAAUACGAGGGUACGAUUAUAGUAUGGCAGGUGGAAAUCCUACAAUGAAUACACCUGCACAGGGAACACAAUGGUGGUAUCCACCUUCUACGAUGGAUAAUAUGCAUAGUACAUUACAAAGUUUACAAAAUAGUAUUCAUGGAAUGCAACAACAGCAACAAAUGCAACCUGUACAUAAUCCCCCGUCCCCGUCGUUACAACAGCACCGCCAGAUACUCUCACAAGCUCCACUACCUCAAAAAGGAAGAAUGCCACGUGCAAAAGCCGAUGCCAAGCCCAGGGGCCGUAUGACUGCUUAUGCUUUCUUUGUUCAGACAUGCAGAGAAGAACACAAAAAGAAACAUCCAGAAGAAAAUGUUGUAUUUGCCGAGUUUUCCAAAAAAUGUGCCGAAAGGUGGAAGACCAUGUUGGACAAAGAAAAGAAACGUUUCCAUGAAAUGGCAGAAAUGGACAAGAAAAGGUAUAACACUGAAAUGCAGAGUUACACUCCACCCGCUGGUGAGAAACAAAGAGGAAAGAAAAGGAAGCAAGUUAAAGAUCCAAAUGCUCCAAAACGUUCUCUUUCUGCAUUCUUCUGGUUUAGUAAUGAUGAACGUGGCAAAGUUAAGGCACAAAAUCCCGAAUUUGGUGUCGGUGAUAUUGCCAAAGAAUUAGGUAGAAGGUGGGCUGAAGCAGAUCAAGAAGCCAAAGGAAAAUAUGAAGCUUUGGCUGAUAAAGAUAAAAUUAGAUAUGAAAAAGAGAUGACUGCAUACAAAAUGAAAAAUAAUCCCGCCAUGAAACAAACUGUACCUGAAGUAGAAGAAGCAGAAGAAGAUGAAGAAGAGGUCGAUGAAGAAGAUGAUGAGUAAACAGUGUAAGAUAAUCUCUCUUGUCGUUUUAAGUCGCCUUCUCAUUCCUCUAUUGUAAAUAUACAUGUUAGCAAGUGUAUUAAUCAAGGUUCUCAUUUUUUCUUAUUUUUUACCCAAACUAAACAAAAAUGUGUGUACUUACAAAAGAAUAUUGACAGUGUGUGAGUGACCGACCGCCUUUCAUUUAACUUUAAUUUUUAUAACUUGACACAUCGAUACAUUUAUUUUUAUUUUUUAAUCAAGUUGUAAAAGAACGUGUGUAGUGUAAUUUUUUUAUGAUUCAACUUGAAUUCUUCCUCGGCACUGUCAUACAGGAUAGUGCAAAGGACGUAGCGAGACAAUGCUAGGGACCUCUCUCUUCAGCUCUUCAGUUUGCUCUAUUAUUGCAAAACUUUUGAUUUGGAUUGUAAAUGAACAUUGAUUUAUACUUGAAAGUUUUCAGCCUUAUCUUCUUGAUGUGUUGUUGAGGCGGUGUCAGAACAAACAUUUUUUUGUAACUCGAAAUAUUUUCCAAAAAUAUGGGUUAAUAACGAAAAACGCUUACAUUUAUUGUCUGCGGAGGUUUUUUGCUGGUUUAUUAACUUAUAUAAUUGAAAAGAAAAACAUAAGAAGCUUUGGCUCGUAAGAUUUUACUCCAUUGACGAAAGCUUGUGGAUUAAAUAAGUCAUUUGCAACUCCAUAUUUUUAUAAUUUGUAGUAUCUGUAUUUGCCAGUUAUUUAUUUAUAUAAAAAACUGUUUCUUUUAAGUUGUAUCACUUUUAGUGUAAUGUACUCCCCAUUAAAAAAAAAGAAAAAAUUGUUCCCCCUAUUGUAUAAGCAGAGCAGGCUUAUUUUUGUUCAUAACGAAUAUUCAUACCAAAGUUGUUGAAGAUGGUAAUUUUGAAAAAUCUGAAUGUUUGCCAUUAUCACCUUCAUUUAUUUAUUUAUAUGUUGAAAAUGAAUAUUCCUUGUACAGUACUGAGUAACGUUUAUUUUCAUUUGAUAAAAACCAUUUAUUUUCAUUUGAUAAAAACCUGUGGACCAUAUAUUUGAAUAACACAUCUCAACACAAAAUUUGACUUUGAAUAUAAUGUAUAAAAUUUCGAUAGUUUAGUUCGUAAUUACACAAAAAAAUUAUAUAACAUUGAUUUUGUAUUUAGAAGACCGACCAAACGAUAUUUUUCAAAAUUUGUAUUUUUAAUUGAAGAUAGAAUUAUACAAAUAAAUAUGUUUAUAAUUUUCAUCAAGCUUUGCUAUCACAAAUAAAUUCAAUGAGGGCUAUUGUUUCUAUUCUCACCACUUGACACCAUUAUCGAGUAAAGUCCUAAAUAAUUGGCGUGAAAACAAAGUUUGCAUUCAAUAUGUUGAAACUGUUCUAUACGAAUACCCAGUUUACCUCAGUAUUGUUUAGUUCCUGAAAUGGAGAACAAAAUUUUCAAAAGAAAUCCCUGGUUAUGCAAAAUAUUGAUUAAAUAGUUUUAAUUAUAACAAACGUAAAUAACCCGCACACAAACAUUGACAUUUGAGAACUCACGCUUCAAUAGCACAUGUAGUAGCGAAAUUUUCACUAAAAAUGUCACUUGGAUAAAAACCGUCCAUAUAUUGAAAUUAACUUCGAAAGAGAUACAAAUUAGUUGAGUUGGAGAAACAUUAUCUCAAGACUUAUUUCAUCAUUUACAUAUGUUGAGGUAAAAAAAUUGAAUAAAUUGUGCAAUUAUGAUAGCAAUUAAUUAAUUCUGGAUGAAGGUUCUGAUAUAUUUGAUACCAAUAAUUUUGAAAAGAUGUUUCAAGUUUUUUAAUUAAUAUUCAAUAUAUGGUCCCCUCGUUAUCAAAACAGUGUACUAAACCAAAAAGGAAAUGAUUUCUCGAUUUUUAAUAAGCCAUUUUCAUAUCUAGAAGUACAACAAGAAACUGUGAUUAUUUUUUUAAUAAAAAUGGUUUAUUUUAAAUAUCUUACAAAUUUCCAGAUGGUUCACUUCAAUUUUAUGCCUGUUUCUAUAUAGUUUUUUUCCUCCUGUAUAAAUGUUGACUGUAUUUUCAACUCCAUGGAUAGUUUUAUCGAAUGUAAACAAUAAUGUUAGUGAUUACUCUUAGUUGUACUACAUUGUAUUUUUAAUAAUAUUUGAAUGCGAUGUCCAUUAAAUGGACCCAGAUAUCCUGUGUCACAAUAAACUAUUGCUCUGUAUUAUUUUAGGGAGAAAGAGAUAGAAAGCAAUGUUUGUUUUUUAUAUCUGAUAGGAAUAAUUAAAAAAACAAAUAAAAUUUUCAAUAAA